ACUCAGCCGGGAGGGUGCAUUGUUAACAGGUGUGGAACUCGUUGCUCCGAGCCCUCCCCCUGGCAGCUCACUCUGGAUCUGCAGGCUCUGAGGAGCCUCAGGACCCACCUUGGUGCAGUUGCCUUCAGGGACAGACCAUCUUACAGAUGCAACAACCUGCUUGACAUUCUCCUCUGGAAAAGGAAAAGAACUACUAGAGGAAGCGUGGCACUUGGAUGCAGAAAUUGAGCACCCUCCAUGUGAUCCAGAGAACAGCAACUCAUACGUCUUCCGGAACCUUCUACCAACGGUAGAACCUCUUAGCUUUAUGGAGAAAACAGAGUCAUUCUGUCCAGAGGUGCCACCCCGAGACUGCGGAGCCUCUCCUCGGCCCCCGCUGAGGAGCCUGCCAAAGCACCAGGGUAGUCUCCUCCAGUUUGACCGGCAAGCCCCAGGCCGCAUCUCCACCUCGCCCACUUUGAGGAGAUUAAGGACCCGUGGCUGUGGGACAAGGCAGGAUGCCUUGCAGGUGCCCACCUGGGGAAGCUGGGGAGAGCCUGUGGGCUUCCCAUGUUACCUUUCCAAGAGCCUGCCAGGAAGCCCAAAGGAUUCUUCACACUUGCUGUCACCCUUGAGACUCCACUCAAGAUUGACCUCUGAACCUGAAAGGGCCCUGAAUGCAGCUGACCCACUGGAGCCCCAAACCCGGCCCACUGACAAGUAUCUCCCUCCUGAGCUUCAGCCUGUCAGUGAAGGGUCCCUUCACCAGGCCUCUCUUCUGCAGCAAGAAGGCCACUUCCUGCCCAGCCCCACCCCACGACGCGCUAGUCCUCAGGGAGAAGAAUUGCACCCAUCCAGGUUCUACGAGCACAGGCGGAGUUCUGUGGUGCUGAACUUACCUGGUCUUGAGGUGUUCCCCGGGGACCUUCUGGUGUCAGAUGGAGCUGCUGAUUACCUAUGCCAUCCACUUCUGCUGCUGAAUUCAGAAUCCAAAAAGCCAAGAUGGCCUUUCUCCAAAAGAGGAGUGGGCAAAGACAAACACAAGCACAUAUCCGAUCUGGAAAACUGCCUGUCCUCUGUGAAAAUUACCAACUUCAGGGGCUAUGACUUCUACGGUCUUAAGGAUAAGACCUGGGAUGAAGUCUUGGAAACACAUCACAAACUCCCGACCGAUCAAUUAGACUUGAAAAAGCAGCAAGAGGCCGUGUGGGAACUUUUCACAAGUGAAUGCACCUAUUUUUUGGAUCAUUUAUUAGUUCUUAAGAUGAUCUUUAUGAAUACACUAAAAUAUCUGCAAACUCAUGAAUAUCUCCUAGAUGUGGAUUUAUGGAGACUUUUUGCAAACCUGGAGGAGUUAACUCAGACAAGCCUUGGUUUUGUGAACAGUCUCUUUGGCAUCAUCAAGGACUAUGUAGACGCUUCCGAGAUUUCUUCAUCACUGGAUUUUAUUUCCGUGCUCACAAAGUAUUUCCGAGGAAGUCUCUGUCAGAGCCACCAGACCUACUGCCUGAACUAUUCAGCUGCUAUCUUUUAUCUUGAGAGCCUGAGGCAGAGAGAUGACUUUGGAAUUUAUUUAAAAUGGUGUGAGCAGAAUGAACAAUGCAGACGGCUCCACCUGCCUGAGCUGCUAGUGGCCCCACUUCAGAGGCUCACUCGAUAUCCGUUGUUGCUGAAGAAUAUCUGGAAAAGGAGCAUGGACUCUGCUGAGAAAAUCAUGAUCUAUUCCAUCAAGGAAAAGGUGGAAAAGUCCAUCCGGGACCUUGAAGGAAAAGUGAAGUGGCUGGACAAUUUCCAAAAAUUUAGAUAUCUACAGGAGAUUAUAGUGUGGCCACCGCUUUGGGAUAGAGAUAAAAGGUUUUUCAUUCCAGAGUGUUUGAAACACAUUUUUAAAGAACACACGGCAGAAAACAUCUUGUCACCAACCAACAGACACCUUCUCUAUGAAGGAAAAUUAACUCUUGCAGAAAGCACAAGAUUCCUAGAUGUUUAUCUGUUUCUCUUCAAUGAUUUCCUCUUAGUUACGAAAACUAAGCGCAACAAAAAGAAACUUGGAGGCUCAGACCCUGGUUUAAUGUGUCCUUCUCUUACUCCUGAGUUGCAAGCAGUAAUAAAAGAGGGUGGUUCAUGUACAGUACUCGAUCAGCCUAUUCCACUAGAUAGAUUGGCAGUCAAAAGUAUUGAACCACUCCAUGUGUCAGUCUUUGGGCUGAGAAAUGCUUUUCUUAUACAACACGAAAACAGAUAUCGACAGUGUAUAGCAGCAUUCUUAUUACAAGCCCAAACGGAAAACAUCAAAAAAACAUGGAUGGCACAAAUAACAACUGCAAUUUCUUGCUUUACCAAGAGUCAGGAAACCAAGAAAAUAUCUUUAUUCACAUUGCCCACAGAAUCCUCUGAAAUUUAGGGACCUAAAACAAGUGGCAUGCCUUUUUAGAAAAUUAGGGUUUAAGGUAUUAUUUCAUUCAAACUUUUGUAACACUUAGCUAGUGAUAAGCUACAAGGAAAUUUGCAUUUUAAAGAAGUUUCAGAAUUUGAAAAUUUGAGCUAGGAAAAUCCUCAGUAUAGAGGAAUAAUGACUGCAACAAAUUUGAACUCUGAGGAAUCUCUUGACAAAUAUAUACUGACAUCCAGAUUACCUUCUAAUGCUUCCGUCAGGUUUGUAAGAGGGGUGAGUGAAGAAAGGUGCUAAUUUGUAAAGGGUGAAUGAUCAGAUAAAUGGAGUAUCAGAAGGAAAACAAUGUCCACUGCUUAUGUCCAAUAUGAACUCCAGCAUCUUACUCUGUAUCUAUAAAAUAAUGAAACCAA